AUGGAUUCGGCAUUUCGCCAUCAUUCACCAUCCGAAGACUGUGUUUCUUAUUCCCUUUAUUUUCCUCUCCUUACACAAAACCCAUCGGAUUCGGGUGUUAAAAUCGAAAAUUUUGAUCAAUCAAAAGAGUCAUUCCAAGAUUCCAACGAUGAUUUCUUGGAAUUCCUUCGGGAAACAAGUGCACUGAUACUAUCGGAGUUAAAACGAUUUUUGGAUGGAUACGUUUGGCAUAAAGAACCUGUUUCAGACAAUGAUGGGGAAUUUCUAUUGAUCGAAGCUGCGAUGCGACUUCCUUCUUGGUUGGAUCCCAGUAACAGUGAAAAUAGGAUUUUUAUAUAUCGAAACGAACUUCACAUAAUUCCAUUAUCAGAGUCCUCGAAUGAUGAAUCGCAAAUUCCAGAGGGAACACUGACCCUCGAAAGAGCAAUUCAAUUGGUGCGUAAUGAUAAUGUCAAUACAAGGGCUGAUGAUAAAAUACAAACAGCAGUAUUUGCGAAAAUAAGAGAGUAUCCUGACAAGAUCAAACAAAAUUUACAUCACGCUCGAUGUCACAUUCCAAGAAAGAUAGCUCACUUGUUGUACCAUGAUCCGCAAUUGGUCUCGUCAGCCGUAGAAGCAUUUUACACUCGCGAUCCCAUUGCAUUGAAAGUUUGUAUCGUCACAUGCAUGCCAGAAGAUGGAGAAAUUUCCGCCAUCCACAUCAAUAACGGUUACUGUGAAGUUUACGAAAACCUUGUAUGCGCAGAUGUAUCGAGAUUAUUGUUUAAACUCGCGUGCGGAUUUGAAAUAUUAUGUACGGACAAAUAUUUUACCGAGUUACCAUCUGAAUUGGAUGAUAUAGACAUCGAGAAAUAUCCCUUUAAUUCGGACUCUUCGUGGCGAAUAUUUCACGCAAACUUAUUAUCACGCGAUUAUUAUCGUGGUGAAUUACCGGGAUCUAAAUUGUACAAACAAUUGGACGAAAUCGCCAAGAGACAAUUUUUGCAAAAUAACAGUCACGAAUGUCGAUCAACUUCAUCGUUAGUUGAUGAUGAAAUAAGGGGUUGGACGUCUCCGGUGAAACGGAUUAAUGAAAUACUAAGUAGACCGUUGAUUUCAGACGAGGUUUUGAUAGCGAACACAAAUGAAGAUGAUGAUUCAUGGUUGAACGUUGAUCAUAAACAAUUGGAAGACUUGCUCGAAGCAUCCAAUAAAGACGCUACGGAAUAUGAGGAGAUAAAAAGAGAUAAUUCAGACGAUGAAUUAAACGUAUUUGACUUAACAAACAUGAUCGAUAAAUUGGAAAGUUUUAUUAAUGACGAUGCGGGUCUUGAAGGUGCCGAAUUUUUCGAUGAGCAUGAUUUGGAUGAAGAUGAAGAUGAAGAUUUUGAAUUCGAUGCUGAUAACAGCCAGGUUCAAUUCGAACCAGCAGAAUUCUUAAGAAUAAUGCGACAAACGUUAGGAAUGACAGACGAAGAAUAUAGGGAAUUGGCAAACACAAAGAUAAAGAUGCAGCAAGGAGAAUCAGAGCAAAUUGAUGCAAGUGAGUUCAUGGAUCAGUCGCAAUACAUUAACACCGAAACGCCGCCGCAACAUGCAAAAAUUGUGGAGUUGACCGAUGAUGACGAUAUGGAGGCGUAUUUACAAGCUUUGGAUGCUGAACUGUCGUCAUCGAAAGUAUACGAAUCAUUUAUACGUUCUCCAGAUCAAGUCAUUGAGGAUAUUGAAACAAAUGAUGAUAUUGAGUUGAAUGAAAAGAAAGAAGAAAACGACGGAAAUGAUAGUGAUGAAGAAUUAAAUAAACCUGUUAAUAUUGAUCUCAAUCUAGCAAAGAAUGUGCUCGAAAGUUUUAAAUCGCAAGAAGGGUUACCGGGACCAGCAGGGAACAUCCUCGGGAGAAUUGGAGUCGGUGUAAUUCCUGUAGACUCUGAUGAUGAGGAUGAUUAUGUGGAGUCUCCCGAUGAAGAUGCGUGA